UGGAGAUGUCCCGGGCGUAGAAUAAGCGUGAAACCUCUCCCAGCCUCCUCCACACACGCCAACGAGCCUGGCAUGCCUUCGCCGUCGGACUCCAGCAGCGUGGCUUCGGCCUCGGGGUCUCGAGGCUGGUCAGACAGCCGCAGGGGCAUGUCAGGCCGGGGGCCUGGUGGGGCACGGCUACUCCUUUACCUAGGGCUGUGCCACCUGGGCCUGGGGGCCAUGGUCCUGGCCUUCUCUUUCACCAGCAUGGCCUUCACCUCCUCUGCCCGUGUGAGGCAGUCCUGUCCAUUCUGGGCUGGCUUCUUUGUGGUGGCAUCAGGGAUAGUUGGCAUAAUCUCAUGGAGGAGACCCCUGACGCUGGUGGUGUCGCUGUUCAUGCUGCUGUCUGCAGUGUGUGUGAUCCUCAGUCUGGCCGGCUCAAUGCUCUCCUGUCAGAAUGCACAGAUGGUCAAAUCUAUGCUCACCUGCCAGGUGGAGAAUGGUCUGUGUGUAUGUUGUGCGCCCACUCACUCCUGCUCCAUCACAGAGGAGGAGACCCUGGUCCUCUACCUGAACGCUGACUGCCACUCAGUCAGACAUCAGCUAAAGGACCUUUUGUUCAGUGCAUGUGGUCUCAGCAUUCUCUCCACCAUCAUCUGUACUCUGUCCACUGUGACCUGCAGUAUCCACAUAUUCUCUCUGGACCUUGUGCACCUGCUGGCCCCACAUCGCUCUCGUUCAGUCAACCCAGAAUGCACCACUCCUCAGGACGCCUUCCUGACCAACAUCAUGGACUUUGAGGAGUUUGUCCCACCUAUCCCUCCGCCCCCCUACUACCCUCCUGAGUACACUUGCAGCUCUGAAACAGACGCUCAGAGCAUUACCUAUAAUGGCUCCAUGGAGAGCCCCGCCCCUCUCUACCCCACUGACUGUCCCCCUCCUUAUGAAGCUGUGAUGGGACAAAGAGCUGCAAGCCAGGCCACAGUGUUUGACCCCCAGGGCACAGAGCUGUCUGGAGACAGAGGAACGUCUGCUGCCUUCAGCGGAGAAGUGUCCAUGGAGAGUGGCUCUCUGUUGAUGUCAGAGAUUGUGGAUAUCCCUGAUGACUCCUCCCCCUCUGAGGAUUCCUUUCUGAUGGAGGUCGGGCUGAGGACCCACGGGGAGAGGGGCAACAGGAACGUUGGUGAGGGGGGAGACGGGGGAGACGGAGGAGACGGAGGAGACGGAGGGGAGUACAUCAGCUUUCGUAGUCCCCUGUGUCAGACUCCAGAGAGUCCUCUGGCAGGAGGACCGAGAGCCAGGCGCUUCCUCAGAGGAGAGAGGUCCAACUCCUGCUCUUCACCCAGCACAGCGACCGCCACAUACAGGUCUCCAGUAUUGCGUCGGCAGGCCAUGCUAGCUCGUAGCUGUUCCCAGCUGGAAGCUAUAGGGACAUCUCUCUCUCCACAGCAAUCCUCCAGCCCAGAGUUUCACGUUUGCCCCUCGACUCUGUCACGCCCAGAAGCUACCCCAUUCUCCUCUGCUCCUCCCAUUUCAUCCCCCUCAGCCGCCAGCGAGCAAAGCGGCGGUCAGGGUAAUGUGUCCCCCCUCUUGGGCCAACCGCUGUACCUUCGACGAAGGGCCGGGAGGAGUGAGAAGGAUGGAGAGAGUGUGAGCAGGGACAGAGAGGGGCUCGUACAUCUUGUGAGGUCACACAGCGAGCCAGGCAUUGGCUCCUCGACUGACACAGUUGACUUUGGCACUGGAGGCAGCAAAGUGUCUAUAGACACAGGUCCAUCUUCUGAGGCGUGUCUGUUGCCCCGCUCCUCUUUGCCUCCUGCUGCAGCUCUGCCAAGCAAAGGCAGCAUGAAAACAGCCGCCAUAGGGGUGGAGGUUCCCUCUAAACCAACCCCUACCUCACCACUGCGUUUACCUAAAGACUGCCACCGUUCCCUCGGAGACCUUAAAGUGACUCGGGGUCUGGUGGCUCGCUUCCUGCAGCGCUCCAAACGCAACCUAUCACACUCCUCCGAGCAUGCUGGGAGCACCGGGCAGGGGCCGAAGAGGAGGAGUGGCGUUGAGGGCGCUGCCAACAACCACCUGCCCUUUGAACAGGUGUUGCUGACCCCUUGGAGCAACAGCCGAAGAUACUCCAACCAUCACACCCAUCACCCUCAUCGCCGUGGACACCACCACUCUCAUAGUGACAGUCGACACAACCGGCACCACAGCAGUCUGGCGCCAGAGGGGAUCCACCUGCGCAGCUGUGGAGAUUUAAGCUCCUCGUCCUCAGCAUCACUUCGUCGAUUAGUGACACCGCAUGGGUCAUCGGGAGCUCUUUACUCUGAGUCUGCACUGUGAGGAGAGGAGGAGGGGAAAGGAGGGAUGGAAGAUGCUCAUAAGUUGACAGAGUUGUAAUGAAGAUGGAAGGAAGGCAGGCUGAGGAAAAGUAGAGUCUGAGGUAGUUCAGUGGAGAUAUCUAGUGCUUCAAAUGGGAAGGUUCUCCCUCCUUUUCCUCGUUGUCACCUCCGUUUCCUGAAGCUAACUGUGCAAAUGGCCUUAUUCAGUGGUGCUCUUUAUCACUCUGAACAUCAGAGCUCACACGAUACUGAGCAGUGUGGUCCCUGUUCUAACAGAAUGAGUCCACAACUGGCUUAAACAACCAACCAGAUUCAUCUUUCCGCUGUAUUCGCCACCCAUUCUCCCUCAAUACUGAUCUGGAGACAUAUUUUCCUCAAGACUGGAGGCAGAACUCAACAAGCAUUCAUGCUACAACAACCAAUUACGCAGAUGUACAUUCAGUCUGUUACAUCAUUAUGGGUUGCAAUCGGCUUCUGGCCCUUUUGUACAUUGCACUUCACCCACAGGAUCGCUCAGAGAUGUAUCAUAGAAACCCUUAUUUUGUCUUCCAUUAAUUAAGUCAAAUGAAUCUUGAUAAAUAUAGAGUUAGCUGAGUGCUCUGACAUGGAAACCGCUUCACUGAGUUGCUAAUUUUAUCUUUUUAUCUUUUUCCACGUUUUUCCAUCUACACACUGGCCUUAAAAAAAGGCAGCCAGCAUUUUUAACAUUGACAUUAAUGCAUGCCACAGACACGUGCUAAGCGUUUGAAAUGUAUAUUCUGUGAGUGGCCCCUGGACGCGGUGGUUUGAUUUGCAUACGUGCAUGUUUCGCUACAGCCUCCCGAAUACAGCAGGUACCUUGUGCAUUGGACCUGACCGUCUGUGUAACUACGUAACAUGUCCUCAGAAUGUCUUAUCUGCAUGUUUUGAAAUGCUUCUUAUUUUUUUUCUCUUGCAUUUUAAAUGUGUGUGUGUCAAUAGAUAUAGCUAAAGGGGAAGGUCAGAGUCAAGGAUGCACAGUGCUCCCAAGGUUUUCGACCAGAUGGCUCCAAACAUGCCUCUGCAUCCUGAUUUGAUUUAGGUUGGGUUUGAAAAUGUUUCGAGUGCACAGGCAUAUAUGUGACACUAGCUAACGCAGCCGGAUCCUGUAAGAUAAGUGGUGUAAAUUGCACUGCGACUGAAGAGUCUCUUGCAAUAAAUGUUGGUAUUUGUUAUGAGGCUGGGCUUCACACUAUGCUUUGGCACAGUUCUCUUUGGACUUUCAGGGGUUGUGGAUGGGUGGCUAAUAAAACAAACAAAACAACUUGGGGUGCUAACAUUGGACAUAUGAUGGGUCAGGCAGCUCUGGAAACGGGGUAAUGAGUAUAUCAAUAUUUGGGUUGAAUUGGAGUUUUUUUCUUUGGAAAGUAUUUUUGAUGUGCUCACAAAGUGAAUGAAUUAACUCUGAUAUUAUAAAGGCACAUUUUGGAUAUACUCAUGUAUUUGCCAAAUUUUAGAAAUGCACACGCACACACACCUGCACACAGAUGCAGGCACACCCAUACACUCCCUUAUUAAGGCAUUGAGCUGUAUUUCUACCUCCUGUCUUGCAUUAAACAUUAUUUAUUUGAAGAAAUGUAUAUCUGUAUGGCAGGCUUAACCGGCGAGAGCCUUGAAACCUGAAUAAUAAAUGUAUCUAAAUAUGAAAAGUAUUCCAGAUUUUAAAUGCAGUGUCAAUGGCAAAACUUUUAAUGCAAUGUAUUUAAAAAUAUGAAAUAAAUGAUAG